AUGGAGAAUCGAGAAAAUGAAACAGAAGGGGCACAAAUAUGCAGAAUUAUAUCCCUGAUUAAAAAUGGUGUCGUUCCUAAUGAAUUACUUUCUCCUGUUAUAUUUGGCGGUCGACCAGCGACGCCUGGAGAAUUUCCCCAUAUGGGAGCCAUUGGAUGGAGAGCUAAGAAUCCCGAAGUUAAAUGGAUUUUUAAAUGUGGAAGUACUCUUAUUAGUAGAAAGUUCUUAUUAACUGCUGCUCAUUGUUCUAAAUCGUCGUUAAGCAGAUCUAUGGACAUCGUGAACAGUCAACCAGAGAUUGUUAGACUGGGCGUAGAGGAUAUCAGCAAAGACGAGUUUAAUAUAAAUGGUAAUCCUGUAGACGUAAAUAUCAAUAGCUUUAUCGUCCAUCCAAUGUAUAGAGCUCCUAAGAAGUAUUACGAUAUUGCCCUCAUUGAACUAGAGACAGAAGUUAUUCUUAUGAGCAAUGUACACCCAGCUUGCCUUUGGACAGAAAAUGAUAAUAGUUACCUUGAUACUAAAGGAAUCGUGAGUGGUUGGGGAUAUACUGAACACGGAAGACUAUCAAACCAUCUGCAAGCUGCAGUCGUCGACUUCAUAGAGACGCCGCUAUGUGAUUUGAUUCUCCAAAAUAUUCGAAACAGAAACUGGGACGGGUUCCGAGAUCAUCAGUUAUGUGCAGGAAACUUAUCGGGAGGCAUUGAUACCUGUCAAGGUGAUUCCGGUGGAACAGUUCAAGUGAAGAUUCCUAUGAAGACUGAAGGUAAAAUGUACUGGGCGGUGGGCAUAACAUCGUUUGGGAAAGAAUGUGGACAAAAAAACAGACCCAGUGUUUACACGAGAGUGUCUAGUUUUAUCGAUUGGAUCGAAGAAAUUGUUUGGGAUUAAACAAAUACUUCUACAUAGCUUAUGAAUUAGAAUUUGUAAUUGUGGAAGUCAUUGUAUUUUAAUUAACGGAAAUCCAAAGAAAAACUAAAAAGAUUCACACAGAAAAUAAACAUCUUUUAUUAAUAAAUUUGCUUGAACUAACUGAAUUGA